CUGAGUUGCAUCAGAGCUCUGCUCCCAGACGCACUCGCAAAUAAGACCAGAAGAACAUUUUCUCCGUACUGAAAUAUAAAGAACCGAAGGAGUAACAUUUGUAAAUGACAAGAUGUUACAAUUCGGGAGAAGCGUUGAAUCCGAAAAACAUCAAUUACAGGAGCUCAACAACAGACUGGGCCAGUACCUGUCAAGAACAAUGCAGUUGGAGCAUGACAAUGCAAUCCUCAUAACUGAAAUAAACAAGAAAAGACAAGAGAAGACAGUGGAAUGGGACAACCAAUGUAUGGCCGAAAUGCGGGACCUGAGGAGAAUGGCAGGGCAACUAUCUUUUGAAAAGUCCCGAGCCGAGACUGAACGAGAGAAGCUUUGGCAAGAGUUUCAGAUGUUACAGUUGAUGUGUUGUGAGGAGCAGGUGGUAUGCAAAGACAUAGGUGGAGAGAUGAAAGGUUGCGAGAAGCAGCUUCAUAAAGCUCAACAGACCAAUGGGGAACUUGAAGAACGUCUGUUCCAGCUUGAGAACGAGUACAAAUUCAUUGAGGAUGCACAUAGACAAGAAAUGACCAAGCUCCGGAGCCAGAUGCAUUCACGACCUAUUGUUACCCAAAGGUACCAUGGUCCUCCAGCGGUCUCGAUGGAAGAGAUGCAUCAUUAUGCCCUCAGCCAGUCCGAAGGAUGGACGGACUCCUUAGAGAUGUAUCGAAGGAAGGUCGAAGAUAUGGAGGAAUCGAUCAAAGCGGACCAGACGAGGCUGGAUGAUCUCCAAAGGGAAAAGAUGCAGUAUGCCUCAGAGUUUGACAAAUUACGUAAAGAGGCUGAAAAGCAAGGUCAGAUUCAAAUACACCUGGAGGAACAGCUCAUAUACAUGCAGGAGAACUUCCACGGGGACAUCACCCAGUAUCAGGUGAUUAUUGAUCAGUUGGAGCGGGAGCGGAAAAUGUUGGCCAACACCAUGGCAGAAAAGGUCAGAGACCACCAGCAGCUACUGCAGGUCAAGAUGGAUCUGGGCAUGGAGGUGGCUUACUACAGGGCACUUAUUGAAGGAGAGCAUCAGCAACAUCUGCAGUCAAGAGUCAUAGAUAUUAAGAUGAUGCCUCCACAACAGUACAAACCAAGAGUUUUCACAUCAACUAGACAGGAUGUAAGGAAACAUCUGGAUGUGAAAUACAUGGAGCCAACCUCAAGCUUGAGAAGAUCACCUGUUCCAUUUCAAUAUGGUCGCACCAGUCCUUCCAGGGUCAUUCCUAUCUCAGUCAAAGGCAGCAGCUACAACAGGAAUCAGAGUCCUACCGCCAGAAGGGACAUGGUCUUAUUCACUAAAUCCCAGUCUGCAUCCUCAAGCUCUUCCUCCACUACCGUUAAACCUGUGGCCCAGAGUACGGACAAGAAAAAUAUAGAUGCUCAGGAGGAGAGGAGUGUGAGAAUCAAAGAGGUGUCACAACACUCAGCUAAGGAUUCUCUUGACCAUUCUCGAGGCACAGCAAACACGUCCAGUCCCAUUGCCUCAACCACUGCUGACCCCAAAUCAGUAAGAAUAGUGUCACCACCAAUGAUGAGUCUUAGCAGAAACACAGAGGAGGACAGCAAAAAGAAAGCAGAGAGGCAAGAUGAAAGAGAGGUGAGAGGAGAUGCAUUUGGUCUUCAGAAUAUCAAGAUGCAUGCCAAAUAUGGCAGCAUUACAGCAACCACGACAAGUGAUAAGAUGGUCCUAGACUCUGUGUCUAUGGAGGAACUCAUUGAGAAGGUCAUGAAACCUGCUGGUUUGGAUCGAAAGGUCUGCAGCUCAUCUCCAGACUCCAAGAUCACUUACCAUGUGGAGAAAACGGAGAAGGAGGACGGGUCAACAAAGACACAGAUUAUCCUGGAGUCCAAGGUGCAGGAGGAGCUGGAUAUGUCAGAGGACUCUGCACUGGAGGAACUUCUCAGCAAGGGAGUGAAACACGUGUCACUGGAGGAUAUCAAGGGCACUUCAACAGGACACAUGAUUCAGAAUCUGCUCAGCCUUGGGCUGCAUGGAGGAGAGGACAUGGGAAACAAGACUGUCAAUGUGGAGAUCAUCGAGGAACCAGUGGAGGGUUACAUUGACAAGGAGUACGAGUUUGAGGAGAAGUAUACACCCAAGUUCUCCCAGCCCUCUUCAAUGUUCUUUCAGAUUGAAGAACUAGAGAAUGACCCUCACGGCACCAAAUACAAUGAGAGUGGUGCUGAAGUAAUGAAAACCUCCAUGACAGCAGCAAACUAUGGUAGUAAUGGUGGAUCUGUGAAGGUCCAGGAAGACUUCAGAGAUAGUGAAUCUCCAUACUACAGCCACAACCAAGAGUCUCAAGAGUAUUUCGUCUCCACACCUGAUGGAAAUCUGUCAGAGCCUGAGGAGGGUGGUGGUAUAGCAUCAUAUGGACAUGGUGAACGACCCUCCAGUGGUGGACGAAUGGUGGACGACUUUUCAGAUGAAAGGUACUACCAGGAGGGGGAAGUCUCAAAGAACAGAAUUUUUGUCGAGGAAAGCGAUAGUUACAGACCUGCAUCGGACAGCCAGUACAUGAAAGAUGACCACUCCUUGGCCCAAAAGAGUUACUCAGAGUGCAUCAUUGAAGAGGAGACCAUUCGUGUCUCCCCCACAGUGCAGGAGUCAAUGCUUGGAUACCUGAGAGAGGAAACUUUACACCCCAAAGAGCAGCUGAGGGGAGCCCUAGAGCAGCUCCAAGGAACAGUGUCAGGGAGCCUGAAAGAAGAGUUGGCUCUCCUCACAAGAGGCGGCAGUGAUAGUCCUCAGAUCAUAUCUGUGGACAUAAAAAAAGUACACCAGUCCUCUGACAACGGAACCAUGACUAUUGUGGCAGAGCUCAAGAGCUCAACAACUCUAGAGGACUCUGGGCAGCUGGGGGAGCAGGGGGAUGAUGUAUCUGAGGAGCAGAUCAUGGCGGCUCUACGCUCCUCCAACCUUGGAGCAGAGGGAGGAUACACCUUGGACACAAAGGAGAUGUGCUGGGUGACUAGCAGUGAGGGACAGGGAGGCGAGUCCUCAACUGAUGUCACUGAGAAGCCAUUCACCUUCCAGAUGGAUGUGAAUAACGGCCAAGGACAGGAUCCCCCACUGAAGGUCACUCAUAAGAAAAGAGUUGCCACAGUCUAUCUUGAAUCUAAUGAAGAUGAUUUCUGAUUCAAAUGAGAUAUUUUUAUUAUAAUACUCCCCAUAUUAAGUCACACACCAGUCAAUCAGUUGCAACGAACUGUAAGGUGAUGUUAUUUGAUGUGAUUCAUGAAUUGCUAUGCCUACAAUUGUGAUAAGAGUACAAAUUAUAACCACUGCAUAUAUAUAUAAAAAAGUUUUAAUAGCAUUUGUUACCCAUUUUCAAAUGUCUCUCUGCUUCUUUUUAAGAAUAUGUUAUAUUAAUUUCCCGUUAUAUUUUUGUACUAACCUGUACCACAGAAUAGGGAUGUCUUUUUGCCUGAGAUACUAUACAAAAAUAUGGAACAAUGCUAAUAUAUCCUCUAUUGUUAUGGUUAAUGUUGCAGUCUUAAAACAUGUUCAACAUGUAGAGUAUGUAUCUAGAAAAAAACAUUAUACCUAUUGUUUCCUGUAAUGCCAUGUUCUUUUGAACCACAUUUAAAGCUAGUGGUUUGUUACUGAGGGAGUUCUUGUGGUUAACAAGGCAAUCCUCCAAUACAAUGCUAAGGAUGGCUAUAUUUGAAUGUGUUUAUGAUAGGGCACAAAAGUAUGUGUAUCAUGUCUUGUCAAAUGAAAUCUACUCACUAUUAAUAAUUUGAAUUGGAAGGGAAAAAAUCAAAAAAUCAAAUGCAAUUCUAAAUCAGAUGGGGUGUAAUCGAGUGAUUCUGAUCACCACUUAGAAAAACCACUAAACGUUUUCUACAUGUUUGACAUUACUAUUAAGUUUCAAAACUUACAAUAUUUUACCCUCAAAAGUGUUUUAUAGUUUAUCCUUCCGGUUCCCUCACCAUGAUCUUUUAACCUGUAAAUGGCUUUAGAGGGAGCAAGAAGAAAUCCAACCAUCUUGAAUUCAAGCUUCCAAAGAGAGGUGUUUUUCUCUGCUUGUAGAGGCACUGGUAGCAAGACAGACAGACUGUAAACAAGGUGGAGUGAACUUAAGGAAAGGAGAGACAGACAACUAGAGAGACUCUGGAGAUAAGCAUAUGGUUAAUGUCUGAGAUAAGACCUGUACAUUUACACUGAACAAAAAUAUAAACGCAACAUGCAACAAUUUCAAAGAUUUUACUGAGUUACAGUUCAUAUAAGGAAAUGAGUCAAUUUAAAUAAAUCUAUGGAUUUCACAUGACUAGGAAUACAGAUAUGCAUCUGUUGCUCACAGAUACCUUAAAAAAAGGUAGGGGCGUGGAUCAGAAAACCAGUCAGUAUCUGGUGUGACCACCAUUUGCCUCAAUCAGCGCGACACAUGUUCUGUAUGUUGUCCCACUCCUCUUCAAUGGCUGUGCGAAGUUGCUGGAUAUUGGCGGGAACUGGAACACGCUGUCGUACGCGUCGAUCCGGAGCAUCCCAAACAUACUGAAACCUGCUGAGAUGAUGGCGGCGGAUGAAUGGCAAGACAAUGGGCCUCAGGAUCUCGUCACUGUAUAUCUGUGCUUUCAAAUUACCAUCAAUAAAAUGCAAUUGUGUUCGUUGUCCAUAGCUUAUAUCUGCCCAUACCGUAACCCCACCGCCACCAUGGGGCAGUGUCCUUACAACACGGAUAUCAGCAAACCGCUCGGCCACACGACGCCAUACACGCAGUCUGCCAUCUGCGCUGUACAGUUGAGACUGGGAUUCAUCCGUGAAGAGCACACUUCUCCAGUGUGCCAGUGACUAUCAAAGGUGAGCAUUUGCCCACUGAAGUCAGUUACGAUGCCUAACUGCAGUCAAGUCAAGACCCUGUUGAGUACGACGAGCACACAGAUGAGGUUCCCUGAGAUGAUUUCUGAUAGUUUGUGCAGAAUUCUUCAGUCAUGCAAACCCACAGUUUCAUCAGCUGUCUGAGUGGCUGGUCUCAGACGAUCCCACAGGUGAAGAACCUGGAUGUGGAGAUCCUGGGCAGGCGAGGUUACACAUGGUCUGCGGUUGUGAGGACAGUUUGAAGUAUUGUCAAAUUCUCUAAAACAAUGUUGGGAGGCAGCUUAUUGUAGAGAAAUUAACAUUCAAUUCUCUGGCAACAGCUCUGGUGGAUAUUCUUGCAGUCAGCAUGCCAAUUGCAAGCUUGAGACAUUUGUGGCAUUGUGUGACCAAACUGCACAUUUUAGAGUGGCCUUUUAUUGUCCCCAGCACAAGGUGCGCCUGUGUAAUGAUCAUGCUGUUUAUUCAGCUUCUUGAUAUGCCACACCUGUCAGUUGGAUGGAUUGUCUUGGCAAAGGAAAACUGCUCACCAACAGGGAUGUAAACAAAUUUGUUCACAACAUUUGAGAGAAGUAAGCUUUUUGUGAGUAUGGAACUUUUCUGGGAGCUUUUAUUUCAGCUCAUAAAAUAUAAAACACUUUACAUGUUGCAUUUAUAUUUUUGUUCAGUGUAAUUUCAGUAAACCACAGUACAUAUGAAUUCCCUUGGCUUGAGCCUUGUUGUGUUGGUGACCAGUGUCAGGAUUCACCUUGGCUUAGAGGUGAGUCAGGGCUCUAGUCAAUCAGAUCCGCUUUAGCCAACAUCCACAUAGCAUUGUUUUGAAGGUGUCAGAAGUGGAACUGCAUUAGAGCUGUUAAAUCCACAAAUGGCUCCCAGGAUUAUACCUAAAGCGGACAUUGGCAAUUAUUUCUAUAUAGCCUACACUUUCACAUUCUGAACUUCUUAACGCGAGUGGGGGUGUGGCUUCGAGACAAUGAUUGCAAGAGCAGCUGCUCACUGAUUUUACCACUCCAAUGCAGUACUACCUCCAACACCACUUCCAACACCUCCAAAACAUCUACUUUGUGAGAGUGUCUGCUAUCGGUUAAUGCUUGAUCUGAUUGAAUCUAGACCUUAAUGUACAUGCUGACCACACUGCUUGCGUUGCGCGCUCGAGCGUUGCAAAAUAAAUGUACACAUACAGUACCAGUCAAAAGUUUGGACACACCUACUCAUUCAAGGGUUUUUCUUUAUAUUUUACUUUUUUCUACAUUGUAGAAUAAUAGUGAAGAUGUCAAAACUAUGAAAUAACACAUAUGGAAUCAUGUAGUAACCAAAAAAUCAUGUAGUAACCAAAAAAGUAUAUUUAUUAAAAAAAAAAUAUAUAUAUAUUUUAUAUAUUUUAUAUUUGAGAUUCUUCAAAUAGCCACCCUUUGCCUUGAUGACAGCUUUGCACACUCUUGGCAUUCUCUCAACCAGCUUCAUGGGGAAUGCUUUUCCAACAGUCUUGAAGGAGUUCCUUCAUAUGCUGAGCACUUGUUUGCUGCUUUUCCUUCACUCUGCGGUCCAACUCAUCCCAAACCAUCUCAAUUGGGUUGAGGUCGGGUGAUUGUGGAGGCCAGGUCAUCUGAUGCAGCACUCCAUCAUUCUCCUUCUUGGUCAAAUAGCCCUUACACAGACUGGAGGUGUGUUGGGUCAUUGUCAUAUAAAUGAUAGUCCCACUAAGCGCAAGCCAGAUGGGAUGGCGUAUCGCUGCAGAAUGCUGUGGUAGCCAUGCUGGUUCAUUGUGCCUUGAUUUCGAAAUAAAUCACAGACAGUGUCCCCAGCAAAGCACCCCCACAUCCUCACACCUCCUCCAUGCUUCACGGUGGGAACCCCAGAUGGGGAGAUCAUCCCUUCACCUACUCUGCGUAUAACGAAGACACGGCGGUUGGAACCAAAAAUCUCACAUUUGGACAGAUUUCCACUGGUAUAAUGUCCAUUGCUAGUGUUUCUUGGCCCAAGCAAGUGUCUUCUUAUUAUUGGUGUCCUUUAGUAGUGGUUUCUUUGGUGCAAUUCAACCAUGAUGGCCUGAUUCACAAAGUCUCAUCCGAACAGUUGAAGUUGAGAUGAGUAUGUAACUUGAACUCUGUGAAGCAUUUAUUUGGGCUGCAAUUUGAGGUGCAGUUAACUCUAAUGAACUUAUCCUCUGCAGCAGAGGUAACUCUGGGCCUUCCUUUCUUGUGGUGGUCCUCAUGAGAGCCAGUUUCAUCAUAGUGCUUGAUGGUUUUUGCGACAGCACUUGAAGAAACUUAAAAGUUCUUGAAAUGUUCCAUAUUGACUGACCUUCAUGUCUUAAAGUAAUGAUGGACUGUCAUGUCUCUUUACUUAUUUGAGCUGUUCUUGCCAUAAUAUGGACUUGGUCUUUUACCAAAUCUUCUGUAUACCCACCCUACCUUGUCACAACAUAACUGAUUGGCUCAAACGCAUUAAGAAGGAAAGAAAUUCCACAAAUUAACUUUUAACAAGGCACGUUAAUUGAAAUGCAUUCCAGGUGAUUACCUCAUGAAACUGGUUGAGAGCGCCAAGAGUGUGCAAAGCUGUCAUCAAGGCAUAGGGUGGCUACUUUGAAGAAUCUAAAAUAUAUUUGUAUUUGUUUAAUAUUAUUUUGGUUACUACAUGAUUCUUAUGUGUUAUUUCAUAGUUUUGAUGUCUUCAAUAUUAUUAUACAAUGCAGAAAAUAGUAAAAAUAAAGAAAAACCCUUGAAUGAGUAGGUGUUCUAAAACCUUUGCCCGGUAGCGUAUAUUACAUUUUGAAAUAGUCAUUUUGAGUUUUCGUACCUGAUGGGCAAGUAAAAAUAACUGAUAACCCUUGAAUGAGUAGGUGUGUCUAAACUUUUGAAUGGUACUGAACAUGUUUUUCAAUCAUUUCAUCUAAACUGCUUGCUCGCGUCAACGAGCAUCGGCGUAGCCAGGCGCUAAAAUAGAAGUUGGUUCUAUUUUUUAUGCUUGACGCACUGCAAAUCCCACCUCUCCCAGCUCCUCAUUGGUUUUUAGGAGCAUAAACCCACUUGGGUGUUUGAAAGAUGAACUGAGGUCCACACUCCAGCCCAGUUGGUUGUGGUAAUGCACCUUAAAGUUGGUUGCCAAUCGACAAAUAAAGUCCACAGAAGAAGAAGAAGAAGAAUACUACUAUUACCACUACUGAAGGAGGAGAGAUUACUAGAAACUAACUAGGUUUUCUGUUUUGUCUGUGGAUUAAAUGCCGGAGUAGAGAACACACAAUUUUGUGUUACUCAAAUUGGUCAAAAUUCUACAAAGAUCCAGAAAAUAAGGACCCUGUGCAUUUCAGGUGAAAUAACAACCCAAUGUUUAUAUCCCAGGACAAAUUAGCUAGCAACAGCAAGCUAGCUAGCUAAAUGCCCAUGAGUGUUUCAUGUUUUUUUCGACCUGCUCCAAAUUAAUUCAGAGUUCAGAGUUCGUUUUUAUAUUUCAUCCUGUGUGUCUUGUAUCGCGUCUGGUGUGGAUGUACAAGAUCAACAUGUGUGCGAUGGCAUGUCUAGACCGGUCUAGACAGCAUGUUUGUGUGUGCACAACUAUGGCUAUUUUAGGAACAGAGUACCAGCUUAGUAUCACUGCCUGUGUGUAUGUGGAAGUUUGCAUGUGUGUGUGUGUGUGUGUGUGUGUGUGUGUGUGUGUGUGUGUGUGUGUGUGUGUGUGUGUGUGUGUGUGUGUGUGUGUGUGUGUGUG